AUGUCUUUGGCAAAUUACUCCAACAUGAACUCUGUGUCCAUUGCAAAUAGCUUAGGAUCUGGUUCACGGGCACCCAUACUUAUUCCUGAAGAGUAUAAUUCGUGGGUUGGCCGUAUGAAUCUUCAUCUUAACGCUAUAAAUGAAGAUAUCUGGAAGUGUGUAGAAGGAACAUAUGUUACUCUAGAAAAUAUGGCUACUCUUGCUACGAAUCAAGCCACUCAAACCGAUAUCAUAAGAAAGUUGGAACUCCAAGCCAAAAAGGAACUUGUGUCUGGAAUACCUCACAGUAUUCUAAGUCAAAUGGAUGACAUUAUGAUGUUAACCGCAAAUCAAAUUUGGGAAAAUUUGAAAAAUCGUUUUUGUGGAAAUAAAAGAAUUAUCGGAAACAAAAGAACAUCUGUUUUGAAUGAAUUCGAUAAUUUCAAAAUGCUUUCAUCAGAAACUAUCCAUGAUGCUCAUGAUAGGUUCAAUUUGAUUAUGGGAAAUCCAGCUAUUCAUACCGAAUCUUUGUACAAUUUGUAUGGAGAACUUCAAUCGUAUGAAUCCUCGAUUGACCCACCAACCAUUGCAGCUUUUGGAGGACCACUUGCUCUUGUGUCCACAACUUCUCAAAACCAAACACCUUACAAUGAUCAAAACUUUAAUCAUUUUAAUCAGACUACAUCUUUUCAAAACCAAUCCUUCCAGUCUGAUUCAAAUGAUGAAGCAGAUUAUCAACAACUGUGUGCUUUGGUUGCAAACACAAAUCUCCAGAGAUUUAUCCCAAAUCAUGGAACAAAUCACUAUGCCAGAGAAUGCCGAGCCAAAAACAAAACCAAAAUCAAAGACUCAGCAUACUAUGCUCAAAGAGCCGAUGAAUUGAAGAAACUGGAAAACCAAGAAAAGCAAAAAGCAUUGAUGGCAAUCCAUGAACCAAGCGUGGAAUACUGGCCAACAUCUGAUGACGAAGCUGAUAAUGAACAAGCACAAUCAAACUUCUGCUUCGUAGCUGGUGUUGAAAUACCUUCAAGAGCUCCAAACGUCAUAGAACAGGUAUGGUCUAUGAUCUCUGAACUUGGUUUUUCCAAAACAAUUUUUGAGUCCCACAUAACCAAAAUUGAGACUAGUCUGGAAACUGAUCUCAAAAUAUAUCAUGACACAAUGGUCAAUUAUGAUAUUUGCAAAUCUGAGUUACAAACCUUGCAACUCAAAUUUGGAGAAUCAACAAGAACUAAAAGCAAAUUGGAAAGAGACGUUGAAAGAAAAUCAGAAGAUUAUAAUCACGUCUUGGAACAAUUAAAUCAGUCCCUAAUUCAGAAAAGGGAUUUGGAACUAAAAGAUCAGUCAAUCAUUUCUUCUGAAACAAAAGAUGUUUUAGAAAUGGAAAUCCUUCAGUUGAAACAAGACUUUCAAGAAUCAACUGAUAAAUACAAUAUUCUAAAUGAAAAACUGACUGAUUCUUUAAAACAAAUCAAUUCUCUUAAAACCGAGAAUAAAAGACUGAUAUGGAAUAUGGAUUCUAUCAAAGUUGCUAGAAAACUAAGUGAUGAUAUUUUCACAAAGGCAAACACCUUAGGAACUGGCAAAAUUGAUACGAAUUAUAGACCAGGAAUUGGAAGAGAAUCCUUUGAAAUUGAACAAGCAGAACAGGAAAACAUGACGAAUUGUGAAAAAUCUGAAUCUACUCUACCAGAUCUUUUCACAUCUCUUAAUGAGGAAGAUUCAGAUGACGAAACAGUUAUCAACUGUAGUCCAGAUGAUACUGCUUUCAGUGUUUCCAAAAAGUCUUUCAAAAGAGUUGUAAAUUCUGAAACAAACUCUGCAAGUUCUUUAACUCACCAAAUCAAACAUACCGAUGGAACCACUAAACUCAAAAACUUUUUGAAUGGAGAAAAUUCCUCUUAUGAGGAUGGUAGUACUUCUAUACCAACUAUUUUUCCUACAAUGACUUCAUCAAUUGUACUUAAUGCUGGAGAACCCAAUGAUGAUACAUGGUAUAUUGAUAGUGGCUGCUCCAAGCAUAUGACAGGAAACCGGAACUACUUACGUGACUUCAAACCUAUACAAACCAAUCAAGAUGUUACCUUCGGAAACAACAUGAAAGCAAAAAUCAAAGGUUAUGGAAACAUAACAAAUGGUAAUUUUACCAUAAAGAAAGUUGCCUUCGUCGAUGACCUGAAACACAACCUCAUCAGUGUUUCUCAACUGUGUGAUAACAAUCUUGAAGUUCUUUUCACCAAACAACGAAGCUUGAUCAUGGACGCCAAAACAAAAGAUGUUAUAGUUGAUUCUGACCGUGCCGGAAAUAUGUAUCCACUUGACAUGGAUCUUAUCUACGGUAAACCCGAUAUAUGUCUGCUAUCUAAAGCCCCAGCAGAUAUUAGUUGGUUAUGGCACCGUCGCCUUUCCCAUCUAAACUUUGGGUACAUCAACAAAUUAAUCGGCGAUGAUCUUGUUCGAGGGCUACCACUCCUGAAGCUUGAUAACGAAACUCUUUGUGCCGCAUGUGAAAAAGGAAAACUUUCCAGAUCCACUCACAAAAGCAUCUCAGAAUCUAGUGUAUCCGAACCACUAGAAUUGUUGCACAUAGACCUUUGUGGCCCUGCCAAAACCCAAACCAUACAAGGGAAGAAGUACAUUCUUGUUGUCGUUGAUGGUUUCUCGCGCUUUACUUGGGUCUUUUUCUUAAGACUAAAAUCAGAAGCACCUGAAGAGAUGAUCAACUUCAUCAAACAAAUCGAGCUGAAGCUGAAACGACCUAACAAUAAAGAUCACCUUUCAAAAUUUGAAUCAAGGUCGGACGAAGGAAUUUUCCUUGGUUACUCAUUUUCUUCAGCUGCUUAUAGAGUACUGAACAAACGUACCAGAGUAAUUGAAGAAAGUACCGAUGUUCAUUUCGAUGAAUUUUAUGUCAGGAAAUUGGAUCGUGAACAUUUUGGUUCAAAAAUGAUUGAAAAUAUUUUUCAAAAUCCAAUUCAACAAACACCUUCUCCUGACAUAGACAUUGAAAUCGAUCUUGAUUUACUUUUUGAACAACCAAAAACUGCUUACAAUUCUGAACUUCUAACUACUUUAAUUAAUCCUACAGGAACACCCAGUGAAGUUAUUCCACAAACAAACCAAAAUGAUGCAGAUCAAUUCGAGGGGGAACCACCAACACAUACUUCCUCUUUGGAACAAACACCAAAUCCUCCUUUAAAUGCCCAAUCCCCAAAUAGCCAAAACAACCCCAAUGCAUCAUUUAUGGGGGAACCUUCAAACAUAUUCCAAGAUGAAACUCCUGGAGAAGAACAAUGGGAUACUAAAACUCCAAUUAUUAUAGCAGAAGAGAAUCGCUUAAUAAAGUGGACCAGAAAUCAUCCAACUGACCAAAUCAUCGGAGAUCCCAACUUAGCCAUUCAGACUAGAGCCGCAUCCACAAAUGAAUGUUUAUUUGGAGCCUUUUUAUCCACAAAUGAACCCAAAACCAUACAUUCUGCUAUAAAAGAUCCAGACUGGGUAAAAGCUAUGCAAGAAGAGCUAGCAGAAUUUGAAAGAAACGACGUAUGGAAUCUUGUUCCUACUCCACCCGAUGUUACUGUUAUAGGUUCAAGAUGGGUAUACAGAAACAAGACUGACGAUCAAGGAAUCAUUUGUCGAAACAAGGCACGUCUUGUAGUCAAAGGAUAUUCACAACAAGAAGGAAUCGACUACGAUGAAACGUAUGCCCCAGUUGCUCGAAUUGAAGCAAUUCGUAUCUUUCUUGCAUAUGCUGCACAUAAGAACUUCAAAGUAUUCCAAAUGGACGUUAAAUGUGCAUUCCUACACGGAGAGAUAGAUCGCGAAGUAUACAUCCAACAACCACCAGGUUUUGAAGAUCCCAAAUUUCCAGAUCACAGCUUUAAAUUACAGAAAGCUGUCUAUGGCUUGAAACAAGCACCUCGAGCCUGGUAUGCCACGUUGUCAACCUUUCUCGAAGAAUCAGGUUUUAAAAGAGGUUCAAUCGAUCAAACCCUCUUUCGUAAAAUAUUUAAUAAACAUCUGUUAAUCGUACAAAUAUAUGUUGAUGACAUUAUUUUCGGUUCUACUGAUGAAUCUUUAAGUGUUAAGUUUGCAGAUCUAAUGAAGAGCAAAUUCGAAAUGAGCAUGAUUGGGGAGAUGACUACAUUUCUCGGACUUCAAAUCAAACAGUCAACUGAUGGCAUUUUCAUCAACCAAGAGAAUUAUGUCAAAAACCUACUCACUCGCUUUUCAAUGGACAAAUCAAAUACCGCAAAAACUCCAAUGGCUUUUGGAUACAAAAUCGAUGCAGACUUAAAUGGGAAACCCGUUGACCAGAAAAGAUAUCGUGGAAUGAUUGGAUCACUCUUAUACCUCAUUGCCAGCAGACCUGACAUCAUGUUUUCUACAUGUGUGUGUGCUAGAUACCAAGCAAAUCCUAUGGAAUCCCAUGUAGUUGCUGUGAAACGUAUCUUCAAAUACCUUAAAGGCACUCCCAAACUCAGCCUUUGGUAUCCAGCUAAAUCCGAUUUUCAGCUAAACGCUUUCACCGACUCAGACUACGGAGGAUGCAAGCUAGAUAGAAAGAGUACAUCUGGUAGCUGUCAAUUCUUAGGAGGUAGACUAAUGCUUAUGCUCGAUGAAGAUUUUAAGUCAUAUUGA